AUGCUCGAGUCUCGCGCUCGUCGCAUCCCUCUUGUCGAUGUCGAUGACGAAACACAACGCGCCAUGAUAGUCAGUGUCUUGACCCAGUAUCGUAUCCUCAAAUUCGUCGCUGUCAAUGUCAAAGACACCCAGAACUUGCGCAAGCCACUGCGAGACAUCGACUGCGGCACAUACGGUGACCUGCAGACAGCCACAAUGGAGACACCCGUCAUGGACGUUAUUCAUCUGCUUGUUAAGUACAGCAUAUCAAACGUUCCUAUCCUGGACAGCGAUGGUUUGUUUCCUUGCCUACGCCCCUCUAACCAUCUUACUAACACUCGAAUAGGCGGCGUCGUCAAUGUUUUUGAAGCAGUUGAUGUCAUAUCACUCAUUAAGGGCGGUGUAUAUGAUGACCUGAACUUGACCGUUGGCGAAGCUCUGCUAAAACGCUCCGAGGUAAUGCGCUCGACUCUCUCAAUCCGUGUAGCUAUGUCUGACAUGAUCUUANNGGAUUUCCCUGGCAUUUUCACGUGCACCCUUAACGACCGCCUGGACUCCAUCUUUGACACGAUUCGCAAAUCUCGCGUUCAUCGCUUUGUUGUGAUCGAUGAAGACAAGAAGCUCAAAGGCCUGCUUACAUUGAGCGAUAUCUUAGAAUACGUACUUCUCGAAGGCGAAGGAGACGAGUUAUGA